UACAGGCAGAAGCCUACCCUGUCCUGCUGUCCCAGACUCCACCACUUGUAGUCCGUGGAAGAUUUCCUCAGCAUCCAAGAGCCAGCAUGCCAGGACACUUGCUGCAAGAAGAGAUGACCUCUUCAUGUACAACCACCACGACCAUCAUAUCUCCCCGCUCUGAAGUCAUGCAGAAAGGAAGAGAGAAGUUAAAGACGGUGCCCCUCUACCUGGAAGAAGACAUCCGUCCUGAAAUGAAGGAAGAUAUAUACGACCCCAGCUACAAGGAUGAGGAGGGGCCCCUGCCCAAGCUGGAGUACGUCUGGAGAAACAUCAUCCUCAUGUCCCUGCUGCACUUAGGGGCCGUGUAUGGGCUUGUGCUGGUUCCUUCCAGCAAGUUCUACACCUUGCUCUGGGCAUUUGUCUACUACGUGGUCAGUAUUACGGGCAUUGGAGCCGGAGCCCAUCGCCUGUGGAGCCACCGAACUUACAAAGCACGCCUGCCCCUGAGGGUCUUCCUCAUUAUUGCCAACACCAUGGCUUUCCAGAAUGACGUGUAUGAAUGGUCCCGAGAUCACCGCGCCCACCACAAGUUCACAGAAACACACGCUGACCCUCACAAUUCCCGGCGUGGCUUUUUCUUCUCUCACGUGGGCUGGCUGCUCGUGCGCAAACACCCGGCUGUCAAAGAGAAGGGCGGAAAACUGGACAUGUCUGACCUAAAAGCCGAGAAGCUGGUCAUGUUCCAGAGGAGGUACUACAAAUCCGGUGUCCUGCUGCUGUGCUUCAUCCUGCCCACGCUGGUGCCCUGGUAUUGCUGGGGUGAAACUUUCCUACACAGUCUGUAUGUUGCCACUUUUCUGAGAUACGCUCUGACGCUCAACGUCACCUGGCUGGUGAACAGUGCCGCUCAUCUCUAUGGCUUUCGCCCUUAUGACAAGAACAUUGACCCCCGGGAGAAUCCCCUGGUUUCCGUGGGAACGCUGGGCGAGGGCUUCCACAACUACCACCACACCUUCCCCUACGACUACGCUGCCAGUGAGCAUGGCUGGCACAUCAACUCCACAACAUUCUUCAUUGACUGCAUGGCUGCCCUGGGCCUGGCUUACGACCGGAAGAAAGUAUCCAAGGCCGCUGUCUUGGCCAGAAUUAAAAGAACUGGAGAUGGGAGCCACAAGAGUGGCUGAGUUUGGGGUCACCUU